AUGUUUCACGUUUACUGGGCAGCUACUGCCUUACUAACAAUGUUUAUUGUUGGGGUCAUCAUAGUAAUGCUAAGGUGGGGUCCCCAACUCUGCAAACUUCGUCACACAGCUAUUCCUGACGAAAGGGAUUGGGGUAGGAAGUCCUAUGACCAUAAUAUUUCAUAUUCUUAGUUAGGAAGUUUCAGAUUAUAUUAACUCAUCAAUUUGUAGCCAUAUAACUUUGAUUUUAUUUUGUAACUGAUUUAGUUUAUAUCUAAAUAAUUAUCCGUCCAUAUGAUAUAGAGUACAAUCCGUCCAUUUUGUAUUUUUCAUUAAAUAAAUUGAUAUUGAAAU